AUGACGGCCGACACUCACACCGACGGCGAGCAUGCUGCCGAGGUGACGGUCCUGCUGGACAAGACGGGCGCCCAGGUGCAGGAAGAGCACGGCAUACAAUUCGACCUGGACAGGGUGGUGGGCGACGGCGGGCUGGAGCUGGCGAGGGGGGACCGGGUCCUCUGCCACGUGAGCGCCCCCGCCUCCAGCGGCGGGCCUGGCAGGGCCUUUGCGUCCCGCGUCGAGGUGCUGGAGUUCUCGGAGUCCAGGCCCGCCAGGCGCCUGGCUACGGUCCUCCGCGUCCUGCGCCGCGUGGCGGUGCUGCAGGUCGCCACCAGCCGGCCGCUCUGGAGCCUGCUGGCCUCGCUCGUGCAGCAGCUGCAGAGGGCACACAGCCGCGGCUGCUGUGUGGACGAGGACGCCCCGAGGCCAGUGGAGGUGCGUUGCGAUGGAGACCAGGUGGCCCUUGAAGUUGCCGUCCAGGUCCGUGACGAGACGAAAGCAGAGAGGGACGAUGUCCCUUACGAGAGGGGUCGCGUCGCGAUAGACGAGCUGCGCUUCACGCACGCCGUCAUCAGCGGUAAGUUUCGGGAUGGCAGGGCUCCAGAAGACCUUCUGGGGGAGCUCAAGCGAGGCAGGGUGGCCCUUGACGACGACCGGCUCACACUGGACGUGGUCAGAUUUCGUGGAAGCUACUGGUCGCUGAACAAUCGGCGCCUCUGGGUCCUGAAGCGCUUCCAGCAGGAAUACUUGUUCGCCCGCCUGAAACAAGAGAGGUCGGCCACUGUACCGGUCCGCAUCUUCCGGCCCUGCCGCUUGACCGCAAGCUUCAUCCUGGCUGUCUCGGCGCUGCGCUCUGCGGAUGGCCCCCAGGCGUCGCGUGUUCGCAGCCUGCUCCGCGAGCUCGCGCGUGACCCGGAGGCGCGGGCGCCGCGCCAGCCCCCUGCUGGCUGGGGGCUGCCCUCUGCGGAGGAGCGGCAGGCGGCGCCAUCGUCGGGCCAGCGGGGCGAGGCGGGGGAGGAGUCCGAGCGCGUGUGGGUGCGCUUCGGGCGGCAGGCUUACCAGGCUUACGCCGUCGUGGAGCCGCAAGCCACCCCCGGCGAGCCGCCGCAGCCGGGCGCUGCCGUGCGGGCUCUCGGUGCCCGAGGCCGCUCGCAGGCCGCUGGCAGCCUGCGUGCCCUGUGCCCCGUCACGGCGAAGCUCGUCCUGGCGCACUCCACGGAGAACGCGGGCGACUCCGUGCAGAUGCGGCCCCAGCUACCCCGGUCGGCCAGCAACGGCGAGAGCUCCCUGCACGCCCUGGUCCAGGUGGCCAUGGCGGCCGCCGCCUGCUGCGGCCGGCUCCUCGGCACGGCAGCGAGGGACGCGCUCGCAGCUGCGGCCGAGGCGCUGCUCACGCCAGAGGAGAGCUCCCCGGCCCUCCAGCUGCUCCAGAGGAGCGCACUGGCGCGGGUCGCCCCGAGCCACGCGAACCUCGCCGCCCCGCUGCUGCGCGAGGCGGCGCUCGGGCUCGACCCUCACGGCGGGGCCGCCCGACACCAAGCCGCGGCGCGCCUGGCGGUGCAGCUGGCGGAGCUGUACGAGCAGGUCACGAGACCGCUGCUGCACCCAGCGCUCGCUGCCUCGCAGCACCGGCCGUGGCACCGGCUCCUCCUCGUGCCGGAGCGCUUCGAGUUGGAGGGUGCCCGGGGCGCCGCGGCCGCCUCGCCCAGCGCCCUCGCGUCGCGCGGGCGGUGCACCGCAGAUUCCGCCGCUCUGCCCAGCGUGCUCGUCGGCCAGCCGUACCCGAGCGCGCACGCGUACUUCGACACAUACUUCCGGCUCCUGCGGGAGGACGGCCUCGCCGCGAUGCGGAGGGGGGUCGCGCGGGAGUUGGCCAGCGAGGCAGGGCAGGGCAGCGGGGAGGAGGCGCCAGCCUGCAGCGCCGCGAUCCGGGGUGUCACGCUGGACGGAGGCGAGGAUGCCGGGCGAGCCGGCUCACAGCUCCUCGUCGUGGUGGAGGUCCAGGACUUCCCCGCCCAAGCCGGGCGCCGCCCCGGCUGGGCUUUCCGCAGGCUCGCCCCGAGCCUCAUGCCGGGCAACUUGUGCGCCCUGCUUCUCCCUGGGGACGGCGCCCAGUCGCGCGUGGUGUGGGCGUUGGUUGCCUGCGCGGACGCCGCCGAGAGGCGCCUGCUGCUCGGGCUGUACCGGGCCGAGGCAGAGUCGAUGCAGCGGGGGAUCGGGCACAUCUUGCGGUGGGAGCACGUCGUGCUCCUGGCCUCUCCGGCCUACUUUCGCUCGUACGAGCCCGUGCUGGCCGCGCUGCAGCGCGAGGACCCCGAGGAGAUGCCCUUUCGCGAGGAGCUCGUCGCGUGCGUUUGGCCCGAGGAGCCCCAGCCACGGCGCGUCAGAGGGGAUGCCAACUUCAAGCAGGGCGUGUUCCGCUUGACCUCCCCAGAGGGUGCCGGAGCCCUGGCCGCCUCGCGCCAGUUCCUGCUCGUGGGGGUGUCCGAGGCGAACAGGGCGCAGUGCUUCCGCCCCAGCUCCACGGAGGCCGUGCGGAUCUCCCACCCGCUGGCGGGCGAUACCUUUGACCUCAGGGCCACCUUCUCGGAGCCCGGCGCAGGAGGCAGAGCGGAGCCCGUCCUGCGGAUUGAGAACCGCGGUCAGGGCUACAUCUCGGUGGCCAGGGAGUGUCAGGAGCGCGAGCAGGCGGCGAAUGAGCCGGGCUGCGGGGAGGCCGUGUUCAUGGUCCCGUCGGGCUUGGUCGGGAAGGUGAUUGGCAGGAAGGGCACCACAAUCAAGCUGCUGCAGGCGAAGUCGGGCGCCUCCCUUGCGGUCGAGGCCUCCCAGGGCGAGGCCUCGGCCGCCAUACGACUCUCUGGCGCUGCAGGCGCCGUGGCCAAGGCCCAGGCGCUGCUGCAGGCCCUGGUCGGCAGCUCGGAGCUGCGAGGGGGCCGCGGCGCCGAGAGCGCGGCGCGGCGCUGGGAGCUGGCGGAUUCUCGGCGUCGGGGGCAUCCCGCCCGGCGGAUGCGGCACUGCGAGGUUGGGCGAUCAUCUCCUGGCGAAGUCUGGGGGGCGCGGCACAGAUGA